UCUCCACUACGCCGUGUACUACACUACAUACUGUAUUCUAUGUACUACUACCUGUACACUUACACUACCACGCUUGGUACUACACUACAUACUGUAUUCUAUGUACUACUACCUGUAGACUUACACUACCACGCUUGGUACUACACUACAUACUGUAUUCUAUGUACUACUACCUGUACACUUACACUACCACGCUUGGUACUACACUACAUACUGUAUUCUAUGUACUACUACCUGUACACUUACACUACCACGCUUGGUACUACACUACAUACUGUAUUCUAUGUACUACUACCUGUACACUUACACUACCACGCUUGGUACUACACUACAUACUGUAUUCUAUGUACUACUACCUGUACACUUACACUACCACGCUUGGUACUACACUACAUACUGUAUUCUAUGUACUACUACCUGUACACUUACACUACCACGCUUGGUACUACACUACAUACUGUAUUCUAUGUACUACUACCUGUACACUUACACUACCACGCUUGGUACUACACUACAUACUGUAUUCUAUGUACUACUACCUGUACACUUACACUACCACGCUUGGUACUACACUACAUACUGUAUUCUAUGUACUACUACCUGUACACUUACACUACCACGCUUGGUACUACACUACAUACUGUAUUCUAUGUACUACUACCUGUACACUUACACUACCACGCUUGGUACUACACUACAUACUGUAUUCUAUGUACUACUACCUGUACACUUACACUACCACGCUUGGUACUACACUACAUACUGUAUUCUAUGUACUACUACCUGUACACUUACACUACCACGCUUGGUACUACACUACAUACUGUAUUCUAUGUACUACUACCUGUACACUUACACUACCACGCUUGGUACUACACUACAUACUGUAUUCUAUGUACUACUACCUGUACACUUACACUACCACGCUUGGUACUACACUACAUACUGUAUUCUAUGUACUACUACCUGUACACUUACACUACCACGCUUGGUACUACACUACAUACUGUAUUCUAUGUACUACUACCUGUACACUUACACUACCACGCUUGGUACUACACUACAUACUGUAUUCUAUGUACUACUACCUGUACACUUACACUACCACGCAAGGUACUCCACUACCUAUAGCCAUGUACUACUACGCUAUGUACCGUAGUACUACCUAUAGCCAUGUACUACUACACUAUGUACUGUAAUACUAUAUAGAGGUGGUGGGUGGUGCAUUUGAUAGAUCAUUCCUAACAUUGAUGGAACGCUCCAAUCAUGAGGUCAUCAACCAUGAUAGCAAAUGUGUAGAGCAACAGGCGUUGGCCAAGCGGCGGCCGGCGUGAGGCCGGCGUGAGGCCGGCGUGAGGCCGGCGUGAGGCCAAGCGGCGGCCGGCGUGAGGCCGGCGUGAGGCCGGCGUGAGGCCGGCGUGAGGCCGGCGUGAGGCCAAGCGGCGGCCGGCGUGAGGCCGGCGUGAGGCCGGCGUGAGGCCGGCGUGAGGCCGGCGUGAGGCCGGCGUGUCCCCGCCAUUGCACCAAGAAGUGGGACAUUCCUAAUUCUUAACCUACAAGGAAUGUACACAACAUACUACAUUUAGUACAGAUGUAGUGUGCAUGUACACAUGUACUGCAUAUUCACCACCAUGAUGAGUACUAUGUUCCUCCAGUUUCAUCUUCAUUUCAAUGCCUGGUUCAACUUCAGGUACAGUUUUUGGACUGAUGAAACCAUGACAACCAAAAUAGCUCCUAAGUCUUGCGUGUUUUGAACAUACAAUCUUCUAGUUAUUCAUGAAACAUAUAUAUAUAUAUACACACAUAUACAGUGAAGAAAAUAAGUAUUUGAACACCCUGCUAUUUUGCUAUUUCUCCCACUUAGAAAUCAUGGAGGGGUCUGAAAUUUUCAUCGUAGGUGCAUGUCCACUGUGAGAGAGAUAAACUAAAAAGAAAAAUCCAGAAAUCACAAUGCAUGAUUUUUUAACAAUUUAUUUGUGUGAUACAGCUGCUAAUAAGUAUUUGAACACCUGUGUAUCAUCUAGAAUUCUGACCCUGAAAGACCUGUUAGUCUGCCCAUUAGAAGUCCACCUGCACUCCAUGUAUCAUCCUGAAUCAGAUGCACCUGUUUGAGGUCGUUAGCUGCAUAAAGACACCUGUCCACCCCAUACAAUCAGUAAGACUUUAACUUGUAACAUGGCGAAGACCAAAGAGCUGUCCAAAGACACCAGAGACAAAAUUGUACACCUCCACAAGGCUGGAAAGGGCUACGGAGCAAUUACCAAGCAGCUUGGUGAAAAAAGGUCCACUGUUGGAGCUAUCAUUAGAAAAUGGAAGAAGCUAAACAUGACGGUCAAUCUCAAUUGGAGUGGAGCCCCAUGCAAGAUAUCACCUCGUGGGGUCUCAAUGAUUCUAAGAAAGGUGAGGAAUCAGCCCAGAACUACACGACAGGACUUGGUCAAUGACCUGAAAAGAGCUGGGACCACCGUUUCCAAGGUUACUGUAGGUAAUACACUAAGACGUCAUGAUGUGAAAUCAUGCAUGGCACGAAAGGUUCCCCUGCUUAAACCAGCACAUGUCAAGGCCCGUCUUAAGUUUGCAUAUGACCAUUUGGAUGAUACAGAGGAGUCAUGGGAGAAAGUUUUAUGGUCAGAUGAGACCAAAAUAGAACUUUUUGGUCAUAAUUCCAAUAAGCGUGUUUGGAGGAAGAAGAAUGAAGAGUACAAUCCGAAGAACACCAUCCCUACUGUGAAGCAUGGGGGUGGUAGCAUCAUGCUUUGGGGGUGUUUUUCUGCACAUGGGACAGGACGAGUGCACUGCAUUAAAGAGAGGAUGACUGGGGCCGUGUAUUGUGAGAUUUUGGGGAACAACCUCCUUCCCUCUGUCAGAGCAUUGAAGAUGGGUCGUGGCUGGGUCUUCCAACACGACAACGACCCGAAGCACACAGCCAGGAAAACCAAGGAGUGGCUCCGUAAGAAGCAUAUCAAGGUUCUAGCAUGGCCCAGCCAGUCUCCAGACCUGAACCCAAUCGAAAAUCUUUGGAGGGAGCUCAAACUCCGUGUUUCUCAGCGACAGCCCAGAAACCUGACUGAUCUAGAGAAGAUCUGUGUGGAGGAGUGGGCCAAGAUCCCUCCUGCAGUGUGUGCAAACCUGGUGAAAAACUACAGGAAACGUUUGACCUCUGUAAUAGCAAACAAAGGCUACUG